AAUCACACGCAAUCGUCAAACUCUAUCAUCUAUCUCUCUUUCUCGAUCAAAAAUUCUGUCCAAAAAUAUUCCCCAAAACACAAACCCUAACACUAACACUAACACACAUGAAAUCAAGUGAUUCCCAAACAAAACCUAAUAGAUUCCCAAUCGAACCCUAAUUUGAUGAUUCUGACAAUCCAGUCACCCAAACUCUAACAAUUGUUACUUCUCUCUCUCUCUCUCUCUCACUUUUUGGGUCUAUUUGUUGUUGUCAUGGAGGGCUCUGUGGUGGUGGAUGAUCUUGGAGCCCCCGAGUCAUGGGAGGUGGCUGAUUUGGACGAGACGAUGAGUCGUUUGUUGCUUAAUAAAGACUCUAAACAGCAAAAGCAACAGCCUCAAGACCAGCUCGCUCGUUCGGGUUCGGGUUCUCUCGGUCCGGGUGAGAAAGUAACCGAUGAUGUUAUCAAUCAGGUUGAUCAGUUUCUUCGUGAGGCCUUGCAAAACCCUCGCGAACGGCUCUCAAUUUUGCGGAUGGAACAAGAUGUAGAAAAGUUUAUCCGUGAUCCAAACCAACAACAAUUAGAAUUUCAGCAGUUGCCUACUUCAUAUUUAAGGCUAGCAGCACAUCGUGUGGCACAGCAUUACUCACUGCAAUCAAUGGUUUUGUUAGACAAUAGUUUACCUGAUGGCUCUGGUUCCAGAAUUAUUGUCCGCAAAACUUCUGACUGUAGCCUUCCCUUGAUUCGCCUGGCUGACAUCCCCUUGAGUUUGCCAUCGGAAGAUGGUGACGUUAUUAAGGUUGCAAUUAAGCAGAGACCACAGAAACGCUCUCAAACUGCCAACAAUUCAAAUUCAAAUUCCACAAAGUCAAAUAGUUCCAAAAGUGUGGAGGAAAGAAAAGAGGAGUACAACAGGGCACGUGCACGGAUAUUUAACUCUAGCAGUUCCAGCAGUGGUUCUACUGGGAAACCAGAAGGUGAACCAAGAUUGCAGGAUGGUUCCCAGCAUGGUUCAUUUGGCAUAUCAAAGUCAGAAGAGAAAUCUGCUCCAGCGAUUUCUGAUUUAAAUUCUGGGCGGGGUUUAAUUGAAUCAUCCACAAGCAGCGGUAGAUCAGCUAGGACUAGGAUGGAGAAGGAGCCAAUUGGUAGGUACAGACCAAACAACAGAGUGGCCAUUUUUCGGGACCGUGAGGUUGAGCGUAAGGACCCCGACUUUGAUCGAAGCUAUGACAGGUAUAUGCAAAGAUUUGAUCCUGGUUUUGGAUUCAAUGGGGGAGGACCUUAUGCCAUUCAGCCUAUGUACACUCCUGCACUGAAUUACAACACUGAAUUUCCACAACUUGGGUCCGCCCACAGGCCUCAGAUAUCUACAGAACAGCAACCUCGGCCUCACCCUCAACAUGUACCAGGACCCUGGGUUGCACCAUCAACCCCUGCAGGGAUUGGAUAUGGUCAUCCUGAUACUCAUAUACCACCAUUUAAUCCGAAUCAUGUUGGUGCACGUUCUGCAUCUGCCAUUUAUCUGCAUUCCUCUCAGUAUCCAUGUCAACACCCAGGAAUGCCUUUUAUCCAUCCCCAUGAACAUGUUCAGCCUUUUUCACAGUCUCAUCAACAGCAACCUGAUGCAAGUUUUGGUUUAGCCCGGCCCCGUUGAGGGGCUUGGGCCAUGCCUGCACCCUGCCAGCCAGAACUUUAGUUUGAAAUAUUGAUGAGCUGAUACAGCUGCUCAUCAUAUCUGAAUUGGCAGGAGUGCAGGCAUAGAGAACCGAGCUGGAUUGGAGCGGGCAAUACUUCUCAUGAACAUCCCAGCGAUCCAUUCCACCAGUUUCGGUUUUGCUUGAGGCUUCUUCCAUGUGGUGAAGGAUGAAGAAGCUCAAGGGCUUGGCAGAUCAACUAGUAUUACUGGACAGGAGCUCUGUUUCGUCACUGAUGAUGAUGAAGAAUCAAAUUAGGAAGAAGAAUUGUCGGAGUUGUGGAUGUGCGCGCUCAGUCUAAUUGAAGACCAUAUGGGCCAAAGGGGAUGUGCUUGAAGGACAUUUUUCUAUCAGAGUUGGCAUGUUUUUGGCUUGUCGCGGCUUGCCCCCUUAGAGAACUCUGAUUACGCCUGACUGUUCUGUACACUUGACUUGCAGGAAUAAUGAAGCAAUUCGCUUCAUGUAUUAUAGGAACAGAUCUUUUUGAACUGUAACAGCAUCUUUGAUUGCUAUCUAUGAUGGGUGAAGUUAUUUGCACUGAUGCACCCAUCAGAAUGUGGAAGGAUUGUAAGCUUGUUGAUCGACUAUUCUCCCAUUCAAAAUUUUAUGCCCGCUGAUCAUGGCACGUGUGCUUAGCCACCCUCGGGGACGGGGAAAGAUGGUGACAGUUUUGUAGACCAUUAAUGCAGCUGUUCAUCAGUUGCGAUCUGGUCUUUCUGUGCGAACCAAGCGCACCCGUGAUCGGUAGGAUUCACCAUGCUUGAAUCUUGUGGAGUGUGGAUUGUCAGGAUCGCAAAUGCCUGGCUGCCAUAGUUCGGACUGUCCGCAGCUGUGGUCUUCUAAUGGUUGGAUGAAAAAAAUGGGCCUACGCCAACGAUUUGCAUCUAUUUCUCCUCUCCUCUCUCAUCUGAAGGGGUCUUCCUUUGGAGCCUUAUCUCCGUAACCACCACCCAUGAAUGAACAGGCUGGUAAUAGUUUGUCUCACCGUUUAAAAUAACGGUCGUUAACGUAACAAGUGUAUUUAAUGGAUGUGGUGUUUUUAAUCAAUGAUUAUUAGACUUGCCUAGUAACCUCUUAAAA